AUGCCCGCGGCCGCGAGGGGCGGGCGGGCGCGCAGGCGGCGGGCGGGCGGGCGGCAGCACCGGCACCAGGGCCCGGCGCGCCCUCGGCGACUCUCAGCACCUCCCCGUUACUGGCGCCGGCGCUCCCGGGCCAUCUCCCUGCGGUCGCACCACGCUCACACUCAGCCCGGGCAGCGGCGCCAACUACACGGCGGCAGCGGCGAACCGGGGGGAGGGGGCCAAGAAGACGCGUCCGGCUCGGCCCCGCGGAGAGCGACUGCCUCCUCCGCCUUCUCCUCCUGCUCCGCCGCCGCCUCCCCUCCUCCCCCCGCCGCCGCCGCUGCCUGGUCCUUCUCCUCCUCCUCCUCCUGCCGCCGCCGCCACCGCCGCUGCUGGUGCCGCCGCUGCCGCUCCACCAACUACAUCCGGGCAACUCGGCCGCUGCGGCCUUCGGCAAACCUCGGCAGUUUCCGCCGCGCCCCUCCUCUCCCAGCCUCUGCCUCUCUCCCCGCCCCGCGCAGCUCCGGAACGCCGCCUUCGGCAAACCUCGGUUCGCCCCGGCCUUCCUCUUCCUCUGAGGCCUGUUUCGCCUCCUCGCGACCCGUCAGCUCUUUCCGUUCUUCUUCCUCGCUGGAGCCUUUUGGUGAAAUUCCUCUGGAAGUUCUGCAUGUGAAUAAAGGCAUGGGGGGUGCUCCACGAAAUGGCUGCAAAUUGAAUUUUCCGUCCUGCUGCAGGCCCAGUAGCAACGCUGGCAUAAUGGGAGGGAACAGGUCAAGUCUGCCAGAAAAUGAAGCUUUACUUGAGAGUGGCAGUAAUCCGACUCAUCCUCUUCUACUCCAUUACCAAAUGUUGAGGUUCUUCAAGAAUCAGUCCCAUGGAGGUGAUGUCAGCAAAAAUGGCAAGUAGGGAACUCCAAGGACACAUCUCUCCACAUAAGCAGCAAAUAAAUUGGCAAAAAUUGUCAGAAACAAGCUUAUAUCAACUCUGGAAACUGGUGAAAGGUUACAGUAGCCAGACAAACACUUAAUCAAGAAAAAGGUUGUUGAAUCUCAGUAGGAGACCUCUGUGUCAGUUAAACUUACCAUGGCCACAUUUUCCUCAUCGCCAGUUCAGUGGCAAUUUUGAAGAUGACAACCUGCAUUUCAGGUGUAGGUUCCUGGUGCCAGAGGGAGCAGAAUGGACCUUGUCCUCAAAGAAUUGUGAUGAUGUAUUUUUGACCUGUCUGGUGGCUCUGUGAAGGACUGGUGCAAAAAGUUCACUCCUAUUUCACCUAAUUUGAACCUCUCCUGAGGCAGAGAGGUGAUUACCCAGGGGGCAUUUGUCAAAAACAUUUAAAGGCAAGUUUAUUAGCUGCUGUCACCUGGAGAAAGAAAUAACAGUUGGGGCAAACAAUAGACACCAAAAAGCCUAGGAGGGAAGGCUGAGGAGUGAGAUACUUGGGAGAAUAAAGUCUUUGAAAAGUUCCCACAUGUUUCUUGGAAUCUGAAAGGCCACAUGCACACUCAGUGUGGGGCAUAUGCUCAGAAAAGACCUGAAAAGGCCCUAAGCGCUUACUUCUCGCUAAAUUUCAGACUCUGCUCAAAUAGGAAGUGAAGGCUAAGGUGGAUUUAUAAAUUACCCAGCUGAAUGUUGAAGGUGUGCCCCAACACAUACACAGAGCCCGCUGGCAAAGACUGGAAGUGUUUUUUCUUCGUUUUUUGGUUCUAGGCAUUUAAGGAAAUCUCUUGAGUCACUAGCUGACCACUAAGCCAACAGAACAGAGACUUCAGUGGCCACACACAAGGAAUAUAGACUACAAAGUUAGUUCAGAAAAAUCGUUAAACAAACAACAGAAACCACAACAAGCAGUAACAACAAACUCGAGAGAGAGAGGAGAAUCUGAUUUUCAGACUUGCAACAUUAUAAUAAUCGAAAUGUACAGUGUUCAACAAGAAGUUACAAGACAGGCAAAAAAAUGAGAAAGUAUGGCCAAUAGUCACGAAGAAAAGAAAUAAUAGAAACUGUCCCCAAGGACACACCAACAUUGGACUUACUGGACAAAGACUUUCCAUCAACUCUUUUAAAUAUGCUGGAAGUGCUAAAGAAAACCAUGGACAAAGAACUAAAAGAUAUCAAGAGAACAAUGUCUCACCAAAUUGAGACUAUAAAUAAAGAGAUUGAAAUUAUAAAAAGGAACCAAAUAGAAAUUCUGGAGUUGAAAAGUACAAUAACUGAAACUAAAAAUUCACUAUAGGGGUUCAACUGCAGAUGUGAGCAGUCAUAAAAAAGAAUUAGCAGACUUCAAGAUAGGUCAAUUAAAAUUCAUGUGAAGACCAGAAAGGAAAAAAUAAAAAUGAACAGAGCUUAAGAGACUUGUGGGACAACAUGAAGAAUGUACGUAUAAUGGUUGUCCCAGAGGAGAGGAGAGACGGGCAGAAAGAAUACUUGAAGAAAUAAUGGUAGAAAACUUCCCAAAUUUGGUGCAUGAUAUGGAUCUAGAUGUCCAAGAAGCUCAAUGAACUCCAAGUAGAAUAAACUCAGGGAGACCCACACCAAGACAUAUUAUAAUCAAACUGUCAAAGUCAGUGCCAGAGAGAAUCCUAAAAGCAGCAAGAGAAAAGUGAGUCGUUACAAGGGAUCCUCAAUAAGAUUAACAACUGAUUUCUCACCAUAAACCAUGGAAGCCAGGAGGCAGUAGGAUGACAUAUUCAAAGUGCUGAAAGAAAAAAACUGUCAGCCAAGAAUUCUAUAUCCAGCAAAACUGGCCUUCAGAAAUGGAGAAAUUAAGGCAUCCUCAGAUAAACAAAAACUGAAGAGUUUGUCACUAGUAGACCUGCCUACAAGAACUAUUAAAGGGAGUCCUUCAGCCUGAAAUGAAAGGACACUAGACAGUAACUUGAAUCCACAGAAAGAAAUAAACACUGUUAAAGGUAACUAUCUAGGUAGAUAUCAAAGUCAGCAUUAAUGUAUUUUGGGUUAGUAACUCUUCUUUUUUCCCCUGUAUGAUUUAAAAGACAACUACAAAAACAACAAGUAAAAACCUUUGUCAUUGGGCACACAAUGUAUAAAGAUGUAAUUUGUGAUAACAACAUAAGAGGGAGAGGAUGGAUCAUAGGAGCAAAUAUUUUUUAUACUAUUGAAACUAACUCAGUUUUUAUCCAAACUAGAUUGUUGUAACUUGUUAAUUAUAAUCCCUAUGGCAACUAUUAAGAAAAUAAUUAAAAAUCAUGGAGUAAAACAAAUGAGAAGGGAAUCAAAAGGUAAUCUAACAAAAGAAAGCAGUAGUGGAGGAAUUGAGCAACAAAAAAGAUAUACAAUGUAUGGAAAACAAAUAGCAAAUGGCAAAGUCAGUCCUUAUCACUAAUUACAUUAAAUGUAAAUGCAUUAAACUCCAAUUAACAGGCAGAGAGAUUGGCAGAAUG